AGUUCCGUUGUUCAGUUUACGUGUUGGCUUUUCACCGUCGUGUUGGUGGUUUUCGGUCCUCUCUUCUGGAAAGUGAUUGUAUGGCUCGCGACGGUCGCGUCUCUGGUGGGUGAAUUGAAUUGCUUUGGUGCGCUUUCCGGAUAAUCCGCGGCCAUCACCAUCUUCUGUGGUGUCCGGAGCCGCUUUCGUGGAAUCGUCUCAGCGGUACAAAGUGCUUUGGAUGCAAAGAGUGUUUUGAUUACAAAUUCUAUGGGCAAAAAUUAUUGACCGUCAGCGGAGUUUGCUGUUUGUGUUGUCGAAAGAUCUCCACUGGAAAAACAUCCCACACAAAGUGCGUUGCCAGUGUGUUGGUGUGGGAGUUUUUAUCGGAUGAAUCUUAUCCUGUUAUUGUUGGGAGCGGGAGAAGCACACAACAUCGAAGGAUGCUGAUGGAGCUGUGUCUUUGUUCGCCACCGUCGCCAAAGUCGCGUUGAAUGGGCGAUCAUCGAACGCCAUGUAGAGCAUUGGCAGUCUGGUAGUCGGUAGUGUGAAAUUAGUGUUUGCCAGUCUGGUUUAGAAUAGAAGAGGGCUUCAAUAAAGAGGAUUAUCUGAUUGUAAAAUCUAACUAUCAAGCAGUCGGGGCUCCAACAGGAAGCGGGAGCGCGUGAAGAAGAAAAAGUGUAUCCAUUCACGAUAAGCGCCAAUUAAGUUCGAUACAAUAGUGGUAAGGUUGAAUCAGUGAGUCGUACAAAAGUGGGGGUAGCAGCCAGUGGAACGGUCGCAAAAAAAGUGAGUGCAUGCAGCUACGAGUGCGCGGUUGUUUAUUAUUUGUUGUUCGAUUCGAUUUGCUGCUGCUCCUCGGCGGUGGAAACGAAAAAAGAAGAAUUCAUCAACAGCAACCUUCACCGUACGCCGCAAAUUUAUAGUGCUGCAAGCGAACAGGGCCAGUUCUGUUGUGGCUGACGGACGACUGCGCCGCCACUGAUCGACGAAAGCAAAAGGGGGCCGUGUCUCGUCGGCAGAGCCCACAGGGGCGGCGGUGGAGGUGUUUGGAAAAUGUUUCUAAAAUGUGGAUUAAUCGUUUUCACUCUUCUCGUCAUCGACAUCGAAAGUGGCUACGUAAGAGAGACAAGGAAAGAACGUCCGCUCAACGAAUACAUAUCCCACUAUGAAACACUCAACUACGACCACAAACAUCUGCAUGCUAGUCACAGUAGGGCGAAACGAUCGGUCACCAAAGAUCAUCAUGUAUAUUUUAGGUUUAAGGCGCACGGAAGAGAUUUUAACAUUAGGCUAAGACGAGAUCUCAGUACAUUUAGCGAUAAGUUAGAAAUUCACACCGAAAGCGGUUCAGUACAGGCGGACACCUCGCACCUCUACCAGGGCGAACUGGUGGGCGACCCGGACAGCCACGUGUUCGGUUCGAUCAUCGAUGGGGUGUUCGAGGGAAAGGUGAUAUCGUCCGAGGACAGCUUCUUCGUGGAGCGGGCGAAACACUACUUCCGGAACAGUUCCCACCCGGAUACGCACCCGUUGCACCACGGCGUUGACGGGCAUGACGAGCCGUUCCAUUCGGUCAUCUACAACGAGCGGCACGUGGAUGACCCGUACCAAAAGCGGCGGAAAGGCCACCCCUCCGGAUGUGGUAUCAACGAUGAGGUGUCCGCAUGGAUGGACCGUGUUCAAAACUCCGCCAUGGAGGAUGACGCCACCGAUGACGAUUUGCAGGACGGUGCACCCGAUGACAACGGUGCCAGCAGCACGGAAGCACCGCCAUCGACCAAGCAAAGCAGCAGGCAAACCGCCGGCAGCAGUGCAGAUAAUAACGUGAAUAAUUUAGACGGAAAUUUAUUCCAAAAAUCAUCAACUCAGCCAAACUAUAAUAAUGUUAACGGUAGCAGCGGCGGUAGCCGCAACAGCCAGAACUAUCAUAAUAAUUAUCGUAAAAGUAAUUCUAAAGAUAAUGUGAAUACUAAUUAUAACAAAGCCAGCAGCGGCAAUCGGAUCGAGACCGGGUACGAGUUUAAAUAUCCGCACGAAAAGUACUCGAAAGCGGCCAACUGGAUGGCCGCCGGGGAGCAUCCGGAAGACCGGGAGUGGCACAAGCGCUCCCACGAGCGGGUCCGGCGCGCCACCCGACCCAAAGAGGAGAACAAAAACACCUGCUCGCUGUACAUCCAGACGGAUCCGCUGAUCUGGCGUCACAUCCGGGACAGCAUCGCCGAUCACGAUCGAGGUCGCAAGUCGGAGAUUGAUGAGAAAACUCGCGAGGAAAUCCUGUCACUCAUAGCGCACCAUGUGACGGCCGUGAACUACAUCUACCGUAAUACCAAGUUUGACGGGCGGAUAGAACACCGCAACAUUCGGUUCGAGGUCCAAAGAAUUAAGAUCGAUGACGAUUCAGCAUGCAAUGAGAACUACAAUGGUGAGUCGAAUCCUUUCUGCAUGGAGAACAUCGACGUAUCCAACUUCCUGAAUCUGCACUCGCUGGGUAAUCAUGAGAUUUUUUGUCUGGCCUAUGUGUUCACUUAUCGAGAUUUCACCGGGGGUACCCUCGGUUUGGCCUGGGUCGCAUCGGCAUCCGGUGCAUCCGGCGGCAUCUGCGAGAAAUACAAAACAUACACGGAAACGGUCGCCGGACUAUACCAAAGCACUAAACGUUCCUUGAACACCGGUAUCAUUACAUUCGUCAACUAUAACAGCCGGGUUCCACCGAAGGUUUCUCAGCUGACGUUGGCCCACGAAAUAGGCCACAAUUUCGGUUCACCGCAUGACUACCCGGCCGAAUGCCGUCCUGGGGGAAUAAACGGUAACUUCAUCAUGUUCGCCAGUGCCACCAGCGGUGACCGACCGAACAAUAGCAAAUUUUCCACUUGUUCCGUGCGAAACAUCUCCAACGUGCUGGAUGCGAUUGAAGACAGUAAGAAGCGAAACUGCUUCCAAGCUUCGGAGGGCGCCUUCUGUGGCAACAAGAUUGUCGAAAUCGGAGAGGAGUGCGAUUGUGGGUUCAACGACGAAGAAUGUGCGGACAAGUGCUGCUAUCCUCGGGUGAUUAGCGAAGUCGAUCUGGGACUCAAUGCCACGGCCAAAGGCUGCACGCGAAGAGUCAGAACGCAAUGCAGCCCCUCGCAGGGUCCGUGCUGUGAUAACAAUAGUUGCAAGUUCGUUUCGAGCUUCUCCAAUGUGACCUGCAAAGAAGAAACUGAGUGUUCCUGGAGUUCUACUUGCAACGGCACAACCGCCGAGUGUCCCGAGCCGAAGCCGCGGGACGAUAAGACUAAGUGCAAUAAUGGAACUCAAUUGUGCAUUAAGGGCGAAUGUGCCGGCUCGAUUUGCCUGCUGUGGAAUAUGACCGAGUGCUUCCUAACGUCGAACAUUAUUCCGAACAUAGAUAAGCGAAAGCUGUGUGAGUUGGCUUGCCAGAAUGGAAACGACACCAGCACCUGCCGCAGCACCAGUGAGUUUGCUCAUAUAUUCGGAUUACCGGACGGAGGGAUUAGUUUACGUCCUGGAUCACCCUGUGAUAACUUCCAAGGAUACUGUGAUGUAUUUUUAAAAUGCCGUGCCGUCGAUGCCGAGGGCCCGUUGGUGCGGCUGAAGAAUUUGCUGUUCAACAAGCAAACCCUACAAACCGUGGCCCAGUGGGUAACGGAAAAUUGGUACAUGGUGUGCCUGUUCGGCAUCCUGUUUGUGAUCUUCAUGGGAAUGUUCAUCAAGUGCUGCGCCGUGCACACGCCCAGUUCGAACCCGAAAAAACCUCCUGCCCGGCGCAUUACAGACACCCUGAGAAGACCGAUGAACACCUUGAGACGAAUGCGUCAUCAUCAUGGUGGUCAUGGGCCAAGAAGUGUUCCUGUGCCACACAAUGAGCGAUCCCGCAGUGGAGGCGGUGGUGGUGGCGGCGGCGGUAGAAGUAGAGGCGGAGGUGGAGGUGGUGGUGAUGGCCACGGCGAACGCCGCAGUGGGCAUCCCACCACAUCCGGAGGCGCCCGGCCGUCCAAUAACAGUAGUAGUUCCAGAGUGCCAGCGCAUGGGUAUGGUGAAGGCAGAGGCCAACAAUACUAUCCACCGAAAGCAACCGCACCACUAAUACAGAAUUAUAGCAGGAUGAACAAUGCCGAGCUGUACGCCGAAGCCUAUCCGGAUCGGAGCACGUACGGCGAGCUGCCCCGGCGCCAGUACCCCAACAAUAAGGUCUGACAAGAUGGACGUUCCACCACCAACGGCCGCAGCAAUCCGGACGCACCGGCAUCGACCAUCCCCGGCAGAGGCGUCCCGAACUACAGCAGCACCAACCCUAGCAGCGACGAUAGCAACAGCAGUGCGUUCUUUGAGAAUGUCUACCACUACAACAAUAACAAUAUUUAUAAGAUAUUUUUAUUUUUCUAAGGAGAACCAAAAAACAAAAACUCAUUGAUGCAGUGGGGGAAACGGAAGAAAACACUCAAAACAUGUACACAAAAAUUAGGAAACCGAAAAUCAAAUAGACGUUUUUUUCUCAUUAUCUAAGCAAAAAAAAAAUGAGGAAGAAGUAAGACAACAGUAAAACGUUAGAUUGUCGAGCGAGGGAAGAUUGAAAGUGUUUAAUGAAAGAAUGAGUAUUUUUAAGUGAAUUAUUACAAAAUGAAUACAUGCAAAGCGAGAGAAGUUAGUUCGUAAUCAAAAUUUGCUAAAACAGAAAAAUCUUUGUGGUAUUGUAUUAAAGUAAAUCUGGUGAGUUGGUAAUCGUUGAUUCUAUAGGUCAUUUGGUUCGAAUGGUGAAUUGUUGUUCAUUUGAGUUUUAGAAAGAUAGAGACAAAGUUAGCAGAGAUGGAUAAGCGAGUGAAACAGCAAACGUAUCAAAACUAGAUUAGCGCCGUGUGUUGAUCGAAAGAUGAAAAGAAAUGUAGAUGGCAGUUACAACUAAAAUGUACUAUCCUCCGGGUCCAGAAAAAUAGUGAACAAAACAAAUAAAAAGAUGUGUUUAAAAACGAAACAAAUUACUAUUAUAGAAUACAAAAAGGCAAAACUUAGCAAGAGUGUUGGAAGAUCAUUGAGAAAGAGAACAUUAAAAAAAAAGGUUAUUAAGUUUUCACUUUUGUAUUCUGUUGAACGUAGGCGGCAUAGUUUAGGCAAAUAUUGUACGGAAAAUUGGUACCGGUUUUGCGUUGGAUUGCGAGAAGCAUGGUCGCGAGUUUCCCUCCGUGUGUUUUUAUCGUCGAACGAACCCUUCGACUGCCAACGAUUUUCUCUUUACUACUUAAUUAGGUGCGUUAAAUUGAAACACUCGAACAUGAAACACAUUUUUAGGACAGUGUAGCGGGAGCAAUAUCCUCAAAAAAAUAAAAGCAAGCGGUUAGUUUUUGGGAUCUUGUUGCAUACUCGGGUAGAGGAAAAUAACAAAAGAAUAUCAAGUUUUACCAUUAAAUAAUAUGAAAAUAUCAUAAUGGCAAAACUUGAUAUUGGGUUUUUGAUAUAGCAACUGAAAUAACAAUAAUCAAAUAUCAUUAUUGUUAUUUCAGUUUGUGGAAAUGACUAAUUUUGUCAUUACAAAACGAUAGUAAAAAAUCUUGUCAAAAAAAAUAUCAAAAUUAAUUAUCAUUGAGAUGAUUGUUGAUUUAUGAAAAACAAAUUUUGCUAUGAUAGCAAAAGAUAUUGUUUCGCUAUUAUUCUGCUGUUAUUUAUAAUAACAUAGUAAUAAAAAGACUUGAUAUCAUAUGAAAAUUUGAUAUUGAGACAUAAUUUAUUUGUUAUUUGUGAAAAACAUCAAAAUGAAAAAAAAAAACAGAUUAGAGCAUAAUUUGUUUUUUUUUUAUUAUAGUUCUGGUUUGUUAUUCACAUCUACCCGGGUAUUGCUGAUUGAUCGGCGGAAGGCGAAAAAAUGCUAUAUGUGAUAUAUAUUUUUCUAAACAAAAAUGAAACAAAUCUGAGCAGAACAGUGGAAUAUGGAGAAGCGAUUUAUCUUGAAGGAACUGAGUGUAGCAACUGUGAGGACAAAUAAACGUCGUAAGUAUUAACAACGGAUUUGGUUGAGUAGAUAUUCAUUUAUUGCUAGGAAGUUUUGUUUCCGCCCAUUCGCUGCCCUUUGAAACACUCUUAAGUACUGCCUCUGAACCCGGUUACGAUAUCGGAGUGUUACCCCCAAAUAGGAUUCUCAAAACAAUGCCAAAUGCUCAAGUCCCGUAAUUUCUUCACUCAGUGAUUUUUACGUUGUAAGCUCAGUUAGGAACAGUGGCCAACAUUGUUUCGUUGAUUUCAUUUAAUGCAACUGGCGUUGUUAAUGCUUGAUGCCAAUAUAGAAGCGUCGCAGCGCAUCACACAUAACUAGUUAGGUUUAAGGACUAGGUAUUCGUUUACAAGUGGUACAUAGUUUAGGCAAUAUGAAAGACAUUUUUUGAAAGUUUAUUUAGCUACAACAAAUAUACCCAGUCCCGAAUGUUUUUUUUUCUUAAAAAUAUUUUUAUCAUUUGUUUCAUUUUUUCUUCUGAUGGAUUAGCUGAGUGUUCAAAUGUAAUUUUCUAUUUAGGCAGAUUUUCGUUUGGAUCUCGAAGAUACAAACGAAGGGACGGCAUUUAGUGAAACGAAGCAUUCAAAACGUAUAGAAAUGUAGAAAAAAGAUAAUAAAUCGGAAUGCGGAACGAAAAACUAAUGGAAUGGGUUGAUGAUGAAAAAAAAUCCCAAAACUGCUGCAACAUGAACACAUAAGCAUACACCCUUACAGUAGUAUCAAGUGUAGACAGCAAAUGGCAACUCGACUCGAGCAGAUAAAAUGGAGAAGAGAAACAGAAAAACCAAUAUAUAUGAAGAUCUAUUUUUUAAUUUUUAUUAUAUACAUUCAUAUUAGAAACAAACAUAUUGUAUAAAUUUAGAAGCGAACAGCAAAACUAUUUGAGUGAACAAGAAGUCUCCUAAAACCUGUAAAAGUGAGUUGAUGUACUAAGAUGCAAAAACGGGAUUAAGUGGAUUGUGGUAUCGUCAGCAAUGUGUGAUAGUGAAUGAGAGAAAUGAAGAAUUGAGGAGCCACUAAAGGGGAUGAGAGAAGACAGUACUCUGAACCGUUUAUUGUAUCAAGGAGAAACAGAAAUGAAGAGCAAAAAAACACUUGUAAAUGUUUGUAAAUAGAGGCAUAUAUUCAAAUGCAGAAGACAGCAAAGGGGUCAGGCGCUGGAAGUAUGAACAAAGGAAAAAAAUAAAUAAAUAAAGCGAAUAAAAUUGAGGAUUAUCAAAA